ACAGGGUAGCAGAACUAGACAGAACACCGGCUCCAGGCGGUCCUUUCAGGGGCUGAAGCUGAGGGGACUGGAGCGGAACUACAGCGGCUGGUCCUGUGUUCAGGGGGAGUGUAGUGAGUGUAGCUCCGCGGCGGAAAAUGUUGGCGCUGUGUUUGAGGUGAAUGUAGCCGCGGGGACGGACAGUGUACCGCCGCUGUAUGGCCGCUGGAGAACAGACUGAUGUCCGGAGCGGCGGUUAGGAAGCAGCGGGGGAGUUUACUGCAGUGCCUGGGUCACUCUGAGGAGGAGAAAUAACUAUUAUUAGAGUAUUAGUGUAGCGUAUAUUAUUAGAGUAUUACUGUAGCGGGCGGUCAGUCAGCGCACAGUCCAGCCCGCCGGGGUCUCCUGCUGACCGCGCUCACCUAAUUAUCUAACUAACCUGGGGGUUAUUGUGGUUAUUUAACGCUAGGUUAUUAGCCAAGACUGAACUGAGACCGAAACGCUGCUCGUUUAAAGCUGCUGAUCAUGUCCUCCUGCACCGGGUAAUCCAGGCUGCUGUAGAUGGAUCAUCUGCGCUGUGCUGCUGUUUGCAGGAGCUGUAAACUAACCACGUCUUUGCCAGGUUUGGUUCUUCAUGUCACCAUUAGCUAGAUUAGGAUUUCUACCACCACAAUGAAGCUCAAACUGAAGACCGUGUUCCUGCUCUACUUCAUGGUGUCUCUGAUGGGCCUCGUCUAUGCACUGAUGCAGUUAGGACAGCGCUGUGACUGCCGGGAACACGACUUGCCUAAAGAUCGUACCAUCUCUCAGCUGAGGGGGCAGCUGCACAAGUUACAGGAACAGAUGAAAAAAUCUGAACCAACAAAAGCUUCCAAGAAAACAAAUCUGCCUACCAUAUAUGUCAUAACGCCUACCUAUGCAAGACUGGUGCAGAAGGCUGAGCUUACUCGCUUGUCUCAGACGUUCCUUCAUGUUUCUCAGCUCCACUGGAUCGUAGUGGAGGAUUCUGCACACAAGACACCUUUAGUCAGGGACUUUCUGGCUGCGUCCGGCCUGACGUACACACACCUCCACAUGCUGACUCCGAAAGAUAGGAAACUCCAGGAGGGUGACCCCAGCUGGCUGAAGCCACGAGGAGCUGAGCAGAGGAAUGAGGGCUUGCGCUGGCUGAGGGAGAUGGCUGCUGCAGCUGGGGGGAGGGGGACGCCCAUUGAAAAUGCUGUUGUGUAUUUUGCAGAUGAUGACAACACCUACAGUCUGCAGCUCUUUGAGGAGAUGCGUCAGACAGAGAAGGUCUCCGUCUGGCCGGUGGGUCUAGUAGGUGGAAUGAAGUUUGAGCGGCCUGUAGUGGAGAACGGUAAGGUGGUUCGGUUUCACACUGGCUGGCGUCCCAGUCGCCCCUUCCCCAUCGACAUGGCCGGCUUUGCUGUCUCCUUGAAACUUGUUUUGGCCAAUCCUGAGGCUCGGUUUGAUGGUGAUGCUCAGAUGGGCUUCCUGGAAAGCAGCUUCCUUCAAAACAUGGUUACCAUGGAGGAACUUGAGCCCAAAGCAGACAUGUGCAAUAAGGUGCUGGUGUGGCACACUCGUACUGAAAAGCCAAAGAUGAAGAGGGAGGAUGCUCUCGUAAAGCAGGGGUUAGGAUCAGAUCCCAACGUGGAAGUGUGAACCCAUGUUCUCUAGGAACACAUGCAAAUACAUUGCGAUCUGAAUCUUUUAGUGUGCUAUAAUGAAAAUACAAUUAAGAAAUUUAACAUAUUGCCAUAUUUAAACUAUUGUACAUCUUUAAACACUUUUUUCAGUGCAUUAUUUUUAAAUGUACAGUGAAAAUGGAUAAUAUUAAGUGCUAAAUCAUGUUAACUGAGAUUAAGUUUGGUCGCAGGGUGUCUGCGUCCACUAUAUAGUUAUUCAGUCCAUUAUGACUUUCAGUAUUAUUGUAUUUACAAGAACCUGUAUAGAUAAUAAUGAUGCUACACGUAAACAUGAGUGGAUGUACAUUUUAUGGUUUAACUACAUCACAAAAAGAAAAGUGAAAGUGUUGUAAAAGACAAGACAACUCACUCUGAACUUUGAACUAGUGUUUUCCGAGAGUUUGGCUGAGUGUGGGCUGUUUUCCUUAGACACAAUCCCUUGGAGUGUGUCCCAGUUGCGUACUGAUUACUUAUACUAGUUUUUGAGUAUGUAGUAUGUAUAAUAGAUAAAAGUUGAGUAUACUCAAAUAUGCACAAUACAUAUUAGACAAAAAUAAAGGUUAACAUUGCAAAUGCAAGAGAUGUAUGUUGGCAAAGCAAUGUCUCAUUACUUUCUGUUAGUGCUAAACAAGUACAUUCAUAUUGUGUGUGCUGCAAUAACACGAUUAAUAUACAGUAUAUAGUAUUAGUGUUGAGUACUCAAUUGGGAUGCAGCCAAGGCUCUGCUCUACUACUGAGUCUUAGUACAUGAGGAAUAGAAGCAGAAGACUGGAACCCUGCUGAAAAUUAGACUGUAUAGUCCAAUUUAACUGCAUGUUAAACAUUUCUAUGCAUUAUGAACAUACUGUAUGUAAUGCAAUAGUCACACUUUCACUGUACUGAGGAAAGGAAAGAAGGGAAAGUAGUAACUAAUAACAGAAUAAUUUGAUGUAAAAUGUGUGCUGUGUUGUAUAUACUGUAGAGUUGUGUUAUUUAUAUAUGAAAACUACAUGUUUACAAAUGUGAAGUUGUAUGUACUCAAUGAGACUCAGCUGGAGUGACUGAGUUUUACAGUAAUGUCUGAAUUAGAUUUUUGGUAUAAUUUCAGUGUGGAGCUGAAUAGAGCAAGUGCACAAAAGUGAAAAGAAUGGUUUAUACCAUGAAUUUGCACCUGUAUUUUAUUUAUAUGCAUUUCCUCUCCCUGGAGUUCCAGGGCUGUUUCCAGGUGCCUGGAAAUUAUGAACAUUGUACAGUAUGUCUGAUUAUUAGGAUUAGUGGUUGUGUAGGUAUUGUGUGUCCGUGAGCGUAUGAAUGCAGUUUCAUGUGUAUUUAUCUUCCAUAGUGUUCUGUAGGAUGUAAGUAGUUCACCAGACCUGCCUCAUGCUUUUAUAUGUGUGUCUUGUACUUUAUGUUGCUACUGUUACAUUCAUCUGUUGUCGGUUAAGUUCUUUUAAAAUGCCUUAAAAUAAAAGAGGUGUUUUACACAAG